GGCCAGUACAAAGUGUCCGGCUUUGAAAGAUGGCACCCUGUGUGGUGCUCUGUGGUCUUAUCAGGAGGUUCGCCGCCUGGCUGUCCUGACAGCUGCAGAAAUGCAGCACUUUGAAGAGAACACGGCUCGCCUGGCAGCUGCAGAAUACUGUUCUGUCCAACAGUGUCCAGGCUGUAAGACCUACGUUGAGAGGGCGGACCUGACCGACCUCUGUGUAGAGUGUUUAGUAUGUGCAGAAGAUAACGAUGAUGGGUUCCAGUUCUGCUGGCAGUGCCUGAUGCCUUGGAAAGGUCCAGCUCCUCGCUCUGAUCGCUGUGAUAAUGAUGGUUGCAUCAACCGUGACCUGGAACUGCUCAGGACUUGCAAGGACACCACCCUGCCUGAGGUGGAGGGGGUCGAUGCCUGUCCCACCAUCCGGGCCUGUCCCACCUGUGGUCAGAGGGUGGAGCACGACAAGACAGGCUGCAAGAACAUCAUCUGUCCUCGCUGCCAGGUGGAGUUCUGCUUUGUGUGUCUGAAGCUCACUCCAGAGUGUCUGGAGACCAGUACCCACUUCAUCCCCUGUAGUGAUGGUGGAUCCGAGGCCCCAUGGGCGCCCGACCCCCAAACAAGAGCCCCAGCAAGGCCCCGGCCGGCAGGGGCCCGCGGAGAGGCCCCCAGGAAUGAGCCACCCGGGCAUCCACCCGGACAUCCACCCCCAGACCCCGAGCUCCACCAGUGCAACGGCGAGAACCGAUGCCAGCCAGCGGAGGGAGAGCAGGAUGGGGGGAAGGGCUCCGCACUUAUGGAGACUUGA